UCCGAAUGGAAAAUGAGAAGGUAAUCAUCAUGAAUGUACAAAAAAUGAUACCGAUUACGCCCAAAGAUUCCGAAGCAAGGGACAACGAUGGCAGGGGCACGAUCAAAGUUGUAGAUCGUCCGACGUUUAUAUUGAAAACGAGGGAAGGUGAAAGCAGGGCUGUUUCGCCAAGCCAACGUAAUGGCGGUAACAAGAAGGAGGCUGAUUCGUUGUCCAACGUUCCAUCAAAGAUUCCAGACUCUACUCGUACCAUAUUAUCAACAUGCCUUGAAAUGACCAGUAGUGUCAAAUUUAUGGACGAGAAUAUGCAACUUUGUGAAAACCCUCUUGAAUUUUUGUACGACCAGCAAGAUUUCUUAGUAGUAGGAUGUUUAGGAGCUCAAGGUGUUGGAAAAUCAACCAUCAUGUCUCUUUUAACAUCAAAUUAUGCAUCCAAUAUAUUUCCGACUCAAGAUAUGUCGCAUCACGAAAGUGGUGCUAAUUGCACGUGCGGUAUAGAUUUUUUUGUAACAAAAAAUCGAGUAAUAUAUUUAGAUACCCAACCUAUACUUUCUGGAUCGACCAUAGACUAUUCUACUCCUUAUGAUCAAAAGAAACCUACAACAGACUUCGCAAACAUGGAAACAAACUUGGAAUUGCAAUCCUUACAAUUUGCAGCAUUUAUGUUUUCAGUCUGUCAUGUCAUUAUAUUUGUGCAAGACUGGUUUGUCGAUUUAAAUUUAGUUAGGUUCCUACAAACUGCAGAAAUGUUGAAACCAUCCUCUACAAGUAAUAUGGACCAAGACUAUGUCGAGUACUAUCCGCAUAUCGUAUUUUUACAUAAUAAAGCAGAACUACAAGAUUUCACUCCAAACACUGUCGAAAAAAUUAAGGAAUUUUAUAGCAAAGUAUUUUCCAACUCUAGAUUACAGACUCACAGUGGUUUAGACAUGAGUAAUCAUUCGAUGGAUGCUGGAUUAAAUUUAUUUUUUAUACCGCAGAUCGUAAGCGAAGAACCUACAAUGCGUCAAAGCGAGAAAACUCUGAUAGAGAAACUGAGAACAAAAAUACAUGGAGUGAAUAGGAAUCAAAUGACUCCAAGUACUUUAACAGAAAAAAAUUGGUAUCACUACGUUUCAAGAGUAAUGGAGGCAAUUAAGAAAAGUCAUCUCUCUUCAGAGUAUGGAAGAUUAAUGCCAUAAAUCUCUUCUGUUCGUGGGUGGACCCCUUUACAUGACCUUAUUUCUCUUUACAUGUUGUAUUGUAAUUCAAUUAAACAUGCGGAAAUAAACUGACAUCGGCCGUCAUUCAUGUACUACGAUAACGAAGGCAGAAUGAGAGAAAUUUAAGCUUUGGACAGAGCUGAGCGAGUAUAAUGUUUUCUUGUUCGUAGUUUGUUUCGUUUGGCGUGAACGAGCGACUAAAGGAAAUAAAUUCCGAGGAAAAUACAAAUGUACUAAUUCGCGCGCUCUCACCU